UCCCCUUUAGGGCAGGGGGAGCCUCGAGACAUUUAAAUAAAGGAGGGUGAAGCUGAAACACUAUUCAGCCGUUUCUUUCAAGCCUGAACACAAAAAAUCAAGAGUCACCAUGGUCGAGUGGACUGAUCAGGAGCGCAGCAUCAUCACCGGAAUCUUUUCCAACCUGGACUAUGAAGACGUCGGCCCCAAGGCCCUGACCAGGUGUCUGAUCGUUUACCCCUGGACUCAGAGGUACUUCAGCUCCUUCGGAAACCUCUACAACGCUGACGCCAUCAAGAGCAACCCGAACAUCGCAGCCCAUGGCGUCAAGGUGGUGCACGGUCUGGACCGGGCUGUGAAGAACAUGGACAACAUCACGGCCGCCUACACCGACCUGAGCGUCCUGCACUCCGAGAAGCUGCACGUUGACCCCGACAACUUCAGGCUGCUGGCGGACUGCCUUACCGUCGUCAUCGCCGCCAAAAUGGGAAACGCUUUUACCCCAGAAAAGCAGGCAGCUUUUCAAAAGUUCCUGUCCGGAGUGGUGGCCGCUCUGGGAAAGCAGUACCACUAAACCUUAGUACCUGGACAUCCAGAAGAGACCUACACAUAUUAUGUAUCUCCUCAAUAAAGAACUAA